UCAAUGUAGCCUGAGAGGGGACAUAACCUUGGCUACAGAUUAUCCCAUAACCAUCUCCACAAUGCAGAACAUGCAAGACCUGACAGGUUCUCUACCGGGGACAUAUCCCAUCACAGGCCUCUGCAUAGUCUCAGAUAAAUCUGCCUGUCCUGCAGGAUACAGUGUGAUUGCAAGAUGCCAUGACAGUAAUGAAGAAGCUGACCUAUGGAAGGACUCUUUUCUGAGGAAAAAGAUCACCAGAUUUCUUUGUAUCACAAGGGUUUUCCCCCUGGCAAAUGGAGCACUGAAUAAUGUAUUGGCAGAUAUUGCAGUGAUCAAUGAAAAUGAUAACAUGCCAGCUCAGUUCUCUCGUAUUGAAUAUACACAAAACUCAGGGGAUAAAGCAUUAAAAAAGAAGGUUCUUUGUGUAAAGAUGGUCUCAAGGACAAGUGCAAAUGAUGCUAUUAGUGAAAUUAUUUUUCUCAGUAAGCUAAAAAGGCCGCCAACAGGUUACACACUUAUUGGAGACAUCAAUAACCUUCUACUGUGCACAAAGAUUUCCCCAGUGCCACAAGAUGGCUCCACUGGGCAACAAACAUCACUUCCUUACAGUAUGCCGCCAUCAUACAUGUCAAAACCGCCAACUUACUCCAUGGACGCUCAGGCACAGGGACAAAAUUUGCCUUACACAGCUAACCCCAGCCUUGCUCCAUAUAUGCCUCCAAGUCACAGGCGUCCUAGCCCUGUGAUGCAGCCAUCUUGGAUGUCUAGUCAAGGUCAAGGUCACUCCGCCAGCAGUGCAGAAACAAGCGGUCUGGUUAGGCAGGGGAGCAUACAGACUGUGAACUCUCCUCUCUAUGGUAUACCCUUUGAACUUGGUCCUAAUUUGGAAGAUUAUUCCCAUUUAAAAAAUAUGACUAUCCCUGAUGUUAAAUAUAAAACUUUGAUGGAAGUUAUGAGCGAUUACAAUUAUGACUUCAACGCAGAAAAAUCAGCAGCUGCUAGAAUGCCUCCUGAGUGAUCUAAGCCAGUGUUCUUGCUACAUUUGACAUAAUUACAAUACAACAGAGGAGCGUCUGGUGAUCAUUGCGUGGCUUUGUGUCACACCUGACACAAUGUGUUUUAUGAUGUCACAACAACUGCAAUGCCUUAGGGAUUUGUGGCACAUGGAAACCAUAACAAAAACAAGCCACAUAUAUAUAUAUAUAUAUAUAAUAGAUGGAGAUGGUG